AUGGGAAAUUUCGAUACAAACAGCAACAACAACAAUAGUAAUAACAUUCAUAAUGUUAAUGAUCAAGAAUUCAACGAUUAUUUGAAUCAAGAAUCAAUAAAUUCAGAUUUAUCAAAACAACACCAAUUAAAUGACGCGAGCGAAUUACUUUAUCUUCAACUGCCUGAAAAUGUUAAGGCAAUAUUGGAUAAACUUAAAUUAUUGCAACGAAAUGAAAAAUCUUAUGUUUUCGAUCAAAAAUUAGAAAAUGAAGAACAAGAUGACGAUAAUCAACAUCUAAACCCAAACACUACAACUGAUAUUAGCAACUCUAUGGAUGAAUAUUCCAAUAAGGGUACCAACAAUAAUGGUAGAUCUAGAUAUGGCGGUGGUAGUCAAUAUGCAAAACGUCAAAGUCAUUCGUCAUCCAGAACUUCAAAUUCAUCAUUUGCUUCAGCCCAAUCAAUAAAUCCUACAAAAAGUUCUUCUCUAAUAAAGCUUAUAGAUGCCUCGUCACUUUUAACAAAUACAAUUAGAACUUUAUUAUCAAAACAUAGUCAAACUUUGAUAAGUGCAUUUGAUGAUUCGGAAACUUUGGAUGCUUAUAAUGAGUUGAAUGUCAAAGUUAAUGAAGAAUCUGAUCAUGUAUUAAAACAAAUUAGAAUUAUCACUGCUCAAGGAAAAAUGGUUUAUGAAGAGUUGAUUUCUCAUACAAGCCUUUUGGUUGAAUCGUUAACUUCUUUUGUAAAUUUUGUUCUGUUACAUCUUCCAAUUAUAUAUGAAGAACCAAUAGAACUUAAUAUAAACAAUAUCGAGGAACAAUCACCAUCAUCGUCCUUAAUCGAAGUUCGUAAGAAAGUUAUGAAUAGUCUAUCAUCAUUAAAAAGACGUUCUACAAUUCCGAUAAAAUCCGUGUUUACCACUUCAGAUAUAAAAAGAUCAUCAUAUAAUUACGAAAAUGGUGAAGAAAAUAGUAGGAAUUAUAAAGGUGGUGAUAGGAAUGCAAGAAAAGAUAACCAAAAAUAUGUCCGUAAUAGUAGAAGUAAUAGUACGGCAACUUCUAUUUCCGAAUUUGGACAAUCAUCGUUGCCACCUGUACACUCUUUCUCAAACAAUAUUCCAAAAUCUGGUGGUUUUAGAUCGAGAGCUGGCAGUAUAGGUUCAAGUAAAUCUAACGCAACUUCUAAUUUUUCAAUUUCGUCUGCUGUUACAAUGCCUGCUGCAUUGUAUUCAACUACAACAGCUAGAUCAAAAAAACUUGUAUUUACUGGAAAUAAUCAUAGUCAGAAUAUUCUUCUUCAUCGUUAUCACAAUCUUCAUCAUCACAACCCGAUACCAAAUCAACCAAUUUCACCAUUAUCAGGCUCUUACGAAUUAUUUUCAACCAACACCAACAUCAACAACGAUCGUAAUAAUCAUUUACAUAAUGCCUCUACUUUACCGCCACCAUUAAAAUUAGUAACUACAAACUUGCUUAAUAUACACGAAGAUGAACCAUCAUUGUUAUCGCCAUCUUUAUCAAAUAAUGUUAACGGUCAUCUUAAACACCAAAAUUCUUCAAAAUUUAAAGAACAUUUUUUGGAAGAUACAGAUUUACCCAGAAUGCCUGUUAAUUUAUUAUCAGGGAUCAUAGAAAAAGACGUUAACGCUUUAAAUAAUCUUCUUCAAGUAAUCGUCUUAUACCAUCAGAUACAAAAUACUUCAAACUACGCCAAUAACACCAAUAACAAUUCAUCACCAAGACCAAGACGUUCUUCACAUAGUAAUAUAAAAUCAUAUUUCAUGAAACAUAUUUAUUCAUCCGGAAUCUCUCCCUCAUCUAAUAAUUCCUCUUCAAAAACAUUAAAAACAUCAAAAUAUGACUCAUUAAAUUAUUGGCCUGUGACAGAAAAUCCGAUGGUAUUCGAUUCACCUUCUUCCCCAUCUAUACCAAAUUUUAAUAUCAAUAAUAGUAGUGGUAAUGGUAACAAUAACAGUUCUUCAAGUAAUAAGUUCCCGGGUCGUUCAUUAUUUAAAGGUUCUGUUUUAAAUGGUGUUAUAAGUGGUAUUAGCGGUAACAAUAAUACUGGGAGUAAUAGUGGUGGUAAAAAUGCUAAAAAUAAAAGAUCUAAACUUAAUAAAAUGAAUAAUGAACCAUCCAAGCCUUUGCCUGAAUCAUUAAAAACUAAAGAAAUUUACGAAUCGUCACAAGAUGGAUUGAUUAUUGAGUUGGUGGAUGGAAGUCCUCGAGUUCUUGCAGGUACCCUUGAGAAAAUGUUAUUAAGAUUGGCUGAUGAAUAUGAACAAGAUAACGAAUUUAUUGAUUGUUUUGUUUUAAGCCAUGUGUUUUUUAUCACUUCAGAAGAUUUUCUUGAGAGUAUGAUAGCUCGAUUUAUCACAGAAAAUAAAAACCCAUUAAUUCAAAAAAAAGUUUUGAUUGUAUUUGAACGAUGGGUAGCAAUACAACCACAGGAUUUUCUUAUUGACUAUAAAUUAUACGAGCGAUUAAUGGAUUUUUUAAAAGAUAAUGUGAUGAAGACAAUAACUACUACUUCAAUUACUUCAACUACCACCACAACAAAUAAUAUUAGUUGUGGAUUUCAUGAAGAAUUUGAAUAUAUUCAAAGUGCUUUAGAAAUGGAAAAAUCACGACAAAUUCCAACAUUGAAUGAUUCCUCACCAUUAUUAGAAUUUGAACCUAAAUCUAUAGCAAAAUAUUUAACAUUGAUGGAUUAUUGUGCUUUGAAAUCUAUUACAUUCUUUGAUUUCAUUACUAUUUGGUGGAAAAAACGUCAAACGUUUGAAAGUGGCGGUAGUAGCAGCAAUUCGUGUACUAGUGACAAUUCGAGUGUUGAUAACAAUGGUGGUGUAAAUUUAAAAACAUAUGAAAGUCAAUUGGAUGCUUUUACGAGAAGAUCUAACAUGUAUUGUAGAGAAUGGAGCAAUUUUCAUACAGCAAUGUUUAUAGCGCUAGCAUUAAAUUCACGACCAGUUCGCCGACUAGAGAAAACAUGGGAAUCAUUGUCAAAUCAGGAUAUUUUGAAUUUACAAAAUAUCGAAGAAUUAAUUGAUACAUCUGGAAAUAUGAAAAAUUAUCGAAAAGCUUUAACAAAUGCCAACAAUAAUAGGUCUCCUGUUGUGCCAUUUUUCGCCACAUUUUUAAAAGAUUUAACAUUUAUUAUGGAAGGUAAUCCCACCUAUUUACCACUUGGUCAUCAACGAGAAGUAAAAUUACGAAAUCCAUCAAAUUUAUCAACGUCAACGAAAGAGCAUCAAUCAGAAACCCAAGAACUCAAGUUAUCUUCUUCAAAUACGUCAUUAAAUACCGUAUCAUCAUCAACAACAACACAUAAUAGUAGUAAUAGUAAUGUGGUUGCACCGUUAGAUCAUAUAGGUGAAGUGAUAGAAAGGCGUAUGUAUGCUGUUGCUGGUUCAAUAUUUAGUGCUAUACCACCUUGUAUGACUUAUCUUCGUGUAAUAAAUCAAAGUUCAAUAGAUAAAAUACAAAAAAUUAUUCAAGAUAUAGUUGACGAGCAAUGUAAAAAAAAGAAUUGGUCAAAUAUGAAAAUCAAAAAACAUUCAAUUCUUCCUGAUGUUUUAUGUGUUCCAGUUAGAGGACCUUUUGAUAAUAUCAAACCUUUUAAAAAAGAAGUUAUUGUUGAUGUUCAUACUGGUGUUUCAAUUCUUCGUGGUGCUGAUGUUUUUGCACCAGGAGUUUUAGCAGCUCAGAAUGUGGAAGCUAAUGAAGAUGUUGCUAUAAUGGUUGAUUUAGAUGGUAAAUGUUUAAGGGGAUAUUUAAAAAAUUUUACUGGUAGAAAAUUAUUUGUUGGAAAUGGAAAGAUGAUUUUGAGUCGAGAUCAAAUAUUUCAAACUGAUCCAUCAUUGAUAUCAGGAAUAGGUGUACUAAUGACACAACCAAUCUAUCGUACACCAUCAUUAUCAAAUUUAAAAUCCUUAAUUUUUCUACAAAAUCUACCAAGUAUUUUAACUGGACAUUUAUUAAAUUUAAAACCAAAUCAACGUGUAUUAGAUAUGUGUGCAUCACCAGGUGGCAAAACAACUCAUAUAGCAAAUCUUUUCUCCAACAACUAUGGUAAUAAUGAUAAUCAAAAAGAAGAACAAAGGGAUGCUUUAGUUAUAGCAAUUGAUAGGUCAGAAAAAAAAUUAGAAAAAAUUAGAAAAAAUUGUAAAGAUUGUAAAGUCAAAGAAAAUCUUGUAAAGUGUUUUUGCUUAGAUGGCACAAAAGCAGUACUUUGUCAACAAAAAGAUAUUGAUGAAUUUAGUUUUGAAAAGUUGUUGAUGACGGAGUUGAUAGAUACACAACCUGCUUAUCAAAAAAAAUUAUUUGAAUCAGCUUUUUCACUCUUAAAACCUGGUGGAACAUUAAUAUAUUCAACUUGCACGAUAAAUCCAUCCGAAAAUGAAAAAAUUGUAUCAUGGGCAUUACAAACCUUUAAAGGAAAUUUAAUUUUAUUAGAACCUGAAAUAAAAUUGGGUAAACCAGGCCUUUUGAAUGCUGGUUUAAGUGAUGAGCAAAGAAUGAUGGUACAAAGAUUUGAUCCUAGUGCAAGUAUGAAGAUGAAUGAAGAAGAUGAUUGUAAUGAUAUUGGUGGAAAAACUAUUGUUGCAAAACCAUGUGCAGACCAUCUGAUCUUACAAUUUUUAUCUACCAAAAAAAUAUAUCCUCUUGAUAUAUUAUUUAUCUCCAAUGCUUCAAAUAAUGAUUGA